CAGCAGCCGCUCGGUGUUGCCGGUGCCACCCUCCCGGGAUGUCGCUGGAUGUCACCUUCCUGGGCACUGGCGCGGGCUUCCCGAGCCCGUCCCGCGGGGCCUCGGCGCUGGUGCUGCGCAGGGCAGGGCAGUGCUGGCUCUUCGACUGCGGCGAGGGCACGCAGACACAGCUCAUGAGGAGCCACCUGCGGGCAGCCAAAAUCACCAAGAUUUUCAUCACUCACCUUCACGGCGACCACAUGUUUGGUCUCCCUGGGCUGCUGUGCACGCUGGGCCUGCAGAGGAGCCCUGACGCCAGCGAGGCGCCCAUCGAUAUUUACGGGCCGCUGGGGCUGCGGAGCUUCCUGUGGAGGAGCCUGGAGCUGUCCCACUCGCAGCCGCUGCCGCCCUGCCGCGUGCACGAGCUGGUCCCCACGCAGGACCAGUGCCCCGCGGGGGAGUUCCGCGACUUCUCGGGCCUGGACCGGGGCGCGGCGCUGGCCCAGGCGCCUCCAGGGACGGUGCUGCACCUGGAUGCAGAAACAGACUCGUACCUGCUGCUGGAGGACGGGGAGCUGUCCGUGAGGGCCUUCCGCCUCUUCCACCGCGUGCCCUCCUUCGGCUUCGUGAUGGAGGAGAAGCCGCGGCCUGGGAAGCUCAAAGUGCACUUGCUGCAAGAACUUGGAGUGCCGCCCGGUGCCGCGUACGGGGAGCUGAAGCGCGGCCGCGCCGUGGAGCUGAGCGGCGGCGUGACGGUGCGGCCCGAGGAUGUGCUGGGCCCGCCCGUGCCCGGCAGGAAGGUCUGCGUGCUGGGCGACUGCGCGGGGCCCGUGGGGCCGGGCGCGCGGCGCCUCUGCGCCCACGCCGACCUGCUGGUGCACGAGGCCACGCUGGGCGACGGCCAGCAGGACGCGGCGCGCCUGCGCGGGCACAGCACGCCCGGCCUGGCCGCGCGCUUCGCCCUGGAGUGCCGCGCCAGCAGGCUGGUGCUGACCCACUUCAGCCAGCGGUACCGGCCCCGCGGCGGCGGCCACGGCGACAUCGGCACCCUCAGGAGGGAGGCCGAGGCCGUGAUGGGCGGCCAGGAGGUGACGCUGGCCGAGGACUUCAUGACCAUCGAGAUACCCAUGAAAAACAAAACCGAGGACUUUGUGACCACAGAGAACCCAAUGAAACAGUGAGAAUGAGGACUUCGUCAUGAGAUCCCAAUGAAAAACAAAACCGAGGACUUUGUGACCACAGAGAACCCAAUGAAACAGUGAAAACUGAGGGCUUCGUCAUGAGAUCCCAAUGAAAAACUGAAAAAUGAGGAUUUCAUCGUGAGAUCCCAAUGAAACAGUUUAAAAAAAGGACUUCAUUAUGAGAUCCCAAUGAAAAACUGAAAAAUGAGGACUUCAUAAUGAGAUCCCAAUGAAACAGUGAAAAACAAGGACUUCAUCAUGAGAUCCCAAUAAAAAACUGAAAACCAAGGACUUUGUGAGCACAGAGAUCCAAAUGAAACAGUGAGAACUGAGGACUUCAUCAUGAGACCCCAAUGAAACACUGAAAAACAAGGACUUCAUGACCACAGAGGUCUCAAUGAAAAAGUGAAAACUCAGGACUUCAUGACAAGAUCCCAAUUAAAAAAUGAAAACAAAGGACUUUGUGACAGUAGAGAUCCCAAUUAAAAAGUGAAAACUCAGGAUUUGUGACCACAGAGAUCCCAGUGAAACAGUAAAAACCAAAGACUUAAUAACAAGAUCCCAGCUGAACAGUGAAAAUCUUUGUGACCACGGAGCGGGUGAGACUGGGGGCGUUGCUGGGCUCAGGUGCAGGAGCUCUUCUCGUUCCACACCUGCAGAUGAAGUUUCUCAUAAAUAAAGUCAAUUUAGGCUUCCUGUCAGAAGGGAAUUGACCGCU